AUGAAUUAUUAACAAAAUCAGUGUCAACAUAUAGAUCUAAUACCUUUUAAUAAUAAGUUCUUUUGCAAAUCAUGUGGAAUUCAUAUGCCAGAAGAUGGAAGCAUUGGAAUCAAAGCUCAGAAUUUUAGUUUUCCAGGUUAUUUAAAUCCAAUAUAAAAUCUAAAAAAAUAGUGGAAUAGAGCAGUUCCAAUAGGAUCAUUACCAACUGAAUAUUAAAAAGUAUUAAUCUCAUAAAUUUAAUAGCAAAGAUUAUCACUUAUUGAUUAUAUGAUAGAAUGGAGUGAAAAAUUAAAACUGUCAAUGAAUUCUUUAUUUUUGGCAGUAUAAUUUUUAGAUUAUUUUGUAUCAUAAAAGAAAGUAGAUCCUGUUUAAUAUAGAUUAUAUGGUGCUACAUGUCUUAUGUUAGCAGGUAUUUAUAAUUUUUAUAAUUAUAUAGCUAAAUCUAUAGAAUUAGAUGAAAGGAUUCCUUUUAUAAGUAAAUUAAGAAGAUAUACUUAUUUACCUUAUUCAACUAUAGAUUUCAGAAGAUGUGAAUGUUAAAUAAUUAAGUAAUUGAAUUGGAAUUUAUAAUGUACAACUUUAAUAGAUUGGGCUGAGGCAGUAAUCUCUUUAGGAAUAGUAUAUGAAUAGGAAGAAUUAUGUUAAUCAGAAAAUGUUCUAAAAGAGAAAAGUACUAACAUUCUUUAACAAUAAAAUAAUCAAUAAUAGAUUAAAUAGGAUGUUUUUAAGGAACAUUUAGAAAAUGUUUUCAAAUAGCCUUCUACAUGUCCUAAAUAGAUUAAUGAGAAAGUUUAAGAAUAAUUAAUCAAACUAUGUAUUUCAAUUCUUAAGGAUGGUUCAUAUUUAGAUAAAGAUCCAGCUGAAUUAACAGUUUCAGCUAUUGGAUGUGCACGUAAGGCUAGUGGAUUGAAAAAUUCUAUGUAUUAUUAUUACAUAUAAAUUAGACCAAAAUGUUUGUUUGAAUUGUUAGAAAAUGUAGAGCCUAAAUUUUUAGAAAAUUUAACUGAUCACUUUAUUAAAUAAGUAAAAUAACCAACAAGCGUCUUGGGUAGAGCAUUUACAACAGACUUAGAUUUUUUUAGUCUUUAAAAUUAUAAGCAUAGAAUAGCAUGA